AUGUUGCUGCCUGCUACUGCAUGGGACUUUGCUUUCAUUGGUGACCUGUUUGGGGUGGAGGAGGGUGUCCCUUUAAAUGCAGGCCUGAUGGCCAGGUUGGAGACCAGCAGAGGCAGGACCAGGAGCAUUAAAGCCAGGCUGGGGCUGGCUGGUGGGCAGAGGGGGCUCUGCUUGGGCGCCAGGUGGCUGGGACUCCUCGUUGUGGGGCUGGCUGGGCUUGCUGCCAGCCAGGAGCAGGAAGAGCUCCCAGACACGUACUGGUCCGGCACGGCCCCGCUGUGCCUUGGGGGGUGCAAGGGGAAGCACAAGGAGCUGAAGAGGAGCCUGUGCGGGAACGGCAGCUGCUGCUGGCUGGGGUACAAGUCCUUCUGCCGAGUGAACUGCGGGCGGCCUGAAGCAGACUUCAACUCCGUGGUGUACGGCAACGACUGGUGGGUGGGCUCCGUGGUGCGCUACGCCUGCCGCCCCGGGUUCCUGCUGCUGGGGGACCCGGCCAGCGCCUGCCAAGCUGACGGCCGCUGGACGCCCAAGCCCUCCUGCCUCCCGCCCCAGUAA